AUGAGUGUUCUCAAUUGGACGGGGAAUGUUAAUGCCAGUGUUGAAAUGGAUUCAAUAAAUCAUGUCUGGACUGUGGUGGAAAAUGUCCGGGUUGCAAGCAGUGCUGCGGAGUUGGCUAUUUUCACGGCAAUACUUUAUUGGUUCUUUACAUCGAGCCGUGUAGCAGAUAUGUUAGAAGUGGUAGGGGAAAGAGUGGGAGGAUGGUGUGGCCGCGAUACGAGCUCCCUAAGGCACGCGAUGCGCACCCGCAAGAGGCCGCAUACCGAUGUAUAUGCUAAACUUGAUGCUGAAAUGACGUCAAGAACAUCUUCCCUCUAUCGCAUUAAGAAUGGACCAGUGGUGCCACCGCCACAGCCUGCCACGAGGCCAUCAGCUGGACUUGCCUGCGCACGAUGUGCUCCGUUAUCAAGGGAGUCAUGGCAGGAUACAAAGGUAGCGGAAUCCAGUGCAGUCAUCAACAUUCUGGAUAUUGGCAGACAGACCUUUGCUAAUGGUGGAGUGGUUUCGCGGUACCUCUGCGACCUGGCACAGUGCUUUCAACUGACGAAUUUUGACUACGGCGAUAUCGUCCCUAAGGUGGUGAAAGACGAGCGUUUCCAAAACGCAAUAGAAGAGACGAUAAAGGAGGAGUUGAAUCCAGGGAAGAAAAAAGAAGAAACUAAAAAGGAAUCCAGUUAUGCGGCGGUUAGAAAGCGAGUGGAGGCGAAAGCUAUGAAAGUUCUUCUUGAUAUCAGCUCCGCCAUGUCCACUAAUGUGCUUAAAUUAGUGGCGUGGUUAUGCCACAAAGCAGUGCGUCGGGUCGCCGGCGGCGGUUGCGGCACUCGAGCAGCGUGCGUUGAGCGUUUACGCCGCGCAAACGCUGCGGGUCUACCGCUUGUCUUCGUACCCCUACAUAGGUCCCACUUUGAUUACAUUCUAGUCACAUUCACGCUGUACCUGACGGGCCUGAGGCCGCCGCUGGUGGCUGCUGGUGAUAAUAUGAGGAUACCGUUCUUUGGGUGGUUCCUGCGCGGUUGUGGCGCGUUUUAUAUACGUCGGCGAGUUGACGGCUCAGAAUAUCACGAAGAUUCUAUCUAUAAAUCAGCACUUAGGGCUUAUAUACUAAAUAGCUUAGCAGCAAACAAUAACCUCGAGUUCUUUAUAGAGGGAGGUCGGACAAGGACAGGAAAACCGCAGGCACCUAAAGCGGGUAUCCUAUCAGUUAUCCUGGAGGCCUACCUCGAAGGUACCAUUGACGAUGCAUUAUUGGUACCGGUUACUUUGAAUUAUGACAAAUUGGUGGAUGGAAAUUUUGUGAGGGAGCAACUGGGUAUGCCCAAACAGAUGGAGACAUUUUGGUCGGCAUUGCGUGGAAUUUGGAGGACUUUGAACACUAAUCAUGGGGGUAUAAGGGUGGAUUUCAAUCAGCCUAUAUCGUUGAAGGAGCUAGUAACGUCCUUCCAAAAGUACAAUCACCUAAAAGCAGCAACAGAUAGGCCGCUUACUCCAACAAAUAACAAUUUGACGAUGGACAUAGACAGACAUAUCCUUAACAGUCACAGCAGUUUCUAUGGAGCCAAUGUCAGUGCGGAUCAUAAGAUGAUGGUAGAGGCUAUUGGCAGGCAUCUGGUGUAUGAUGCAGCCGUAUCAACGCCAUUAAUGUGCACGAACGUAGUCGCGUACGUCCUCCUGACAGAACAAAGGGCCGGCUGCACAUUGAAACAACUUCUCGAUAGUUUUGAGGCAAGAUCGCGUACCCUCGUGAUGGAAGGACGUGAUCUGGGAUACGCGGGAGACUCGAGGACUGUAUUGAAACAUGCUAUGGACAUGUUGGGGCGCGGUGUGGUAUCCCGCGAUGAAAACCGUGUGCGAGCACAAUGUUCUGUGGCAGCUGCGCUUGAGUUGUCCUACUACGCUAAUUCCGUUGUGGCACAUUAUGCAGCACCCGCUAUAGUUGUUACCGCACUUGAAAGUAUACUCGCCGAACCGGACGCGGACGCAGCGUACGUACGACACAACGAGCUAAUGACGCGUUCGUUGGAACUUUGCGGGAUUAUGGGACACGAAUUCAUACUGAACGCCCCUUGUCAUCGCACGGAGGAGGGAAUACAGGACGCUUUGGCUUCAUUGGUGCAAAGUGAUGUUUUGUGUACUAUACAGAAUGACAAUGUACUGGAUGAGCAGAGGUGGUCCCAGCGGUUUGCAAAGACAUUAGACGAAGAUAUGGAUGAUGAGGAGCGACCCGACCCCACAAGGAAUAUUAAGUACAGGAUCUCAAACAAACCAGAGGCUCUCACGGAAAGACGGCGUUUGUUACGUACACUCAGGCCGCUGCUGGAGGCCUAUUCGGCGACAGGAAAAUGUUUGAAAAACGCGUCUCAAAAGGAAGUUGUUACAGCGGCGUUAGACAAACUCACGGAAGAUUUUACACAGAAUAGAAUGAUAUAUGGUGAAGCGGUAUCGACAGACGCAAUACGCAACUGUUUGCGCGUGUUGCGCCAAUCAGGCGUAAUAGACAUGUAUACUGAAAACAAAAUCAGGAUGAUAAGGCCUAACGAACCCACGGGUCAAAACAUUCUAGACCAAGUGCAAAAGUUUAAUGUGCAAACGCCCUUAUUAGAAAAGUGA